AUGGCUGUUAACAUCCCAGGAGUAAUAGCAAUGGUGUUUUUCUACCUGCUGGUACUUGGGACUGGCAUCUGGGCUUCUUUCAAAUCCAAAAGGGAAAAGAGGAGAAGUGGAGCCCCUGGAAUGGAGAUGACACUGCUGGGCAACCGCAGCAUUAGCCUGGUGGUGGGGAUCUUCACAAUGACAGCUACGUGGAUUGGGGGAGGCUUCAUUGUUGGAACAGCUGAGAUGGUGUACACACCCUCUAUGGGACUAACCUGGGCGAUCAUGAUGAUGACUGCAUACAGCUCAUCUUUUAUCAUUGCUGGCUUCGUGUUUGCAAAGCCAUUGAGAGAAAGACACUGUGUGACGAUGCUGGACCCUUUCCAUGCCAAGUAUGGAAAAUCAGUUACAGCUGGACUAGCCAUGGCUGCUCUUUUAAUGGAUCAACUGUGGGUUCCCACAAUACUAAUUGGUUUAGGAGGAAUUAUGAGUGUGGUCCUGGAUUUGUCCUACACUGUGUGCAUCUGGAUCUCUGCUGCCGUUGCCAUUACCUACACACUGCUGGGAGGUCUCUACUCUGUGGCCUACACAGAUAUUAUACAGCUUGUGCUCAUAUUCGUCAGCUUGGCACUGGGGAGUAUUGGAUAUCAGUGCCUCCACCAGAGGACCUUGUCGGCAUCUUCCACAUCCACAGCCAAGAUCACUUGCUUUAUUGCUGCUGUCAUCUUACCUACAUUUGGGAUACCUCCUAUACUGCUUGGGGCAGCUGCUGCAUCCACAGACUGGAACCUGACCUCCUAUGGUUCUCCAUCUCCAUAUGAACGUGGGGAAUCAGUUCUAGUUCUUCCCAUCACCCUGCAGCACCUCACCCCAUGGUUCGUCUCCAUUAUCGGUACUGGAUGUGUGGCUGCUGCUGCAAUGUCAUCGGUUGACUCUGCGCUGCUUUCUGCAUCUUCUUUGUUCACCUCCAACAUAUACAAGAACAUUUUCAGGCCUCAGGCAUCAGACAGAGAGAGUCAGUGGGUGAUCCGUGCAUCUGUGUUGGUAGUGGGCUUGGUUGGUACGUCACUGUCCAACCUGAAAAACAGCUUGUUGGUGUUCUGGUUCACUGCCGCUGAAUUGGCCUACAUCGUAAUCUUCCCUCAGCUUGUCUGCAUCCUGUUCUUCAACAUUUCAAAUGGUUAUGGGGCUAUGAUGGGUUUGCUGGUGGGAUGUGUGUUGAGACUGCUCAGUGGAGAGCCCUCACUAGGAUUACCACCAGUCAUACACUUCCCAGGAUGCACUCUUGAGGACGGUGUUUAUGUCCAGUACUCUCCAGUGAAGACCAUAUCCAUGCUGUCUGCCAUUGCUGCCAUCUUGUUGUUCUCCUAUCUGGUUUCUGUGCUCUUCAACAAAGGACUGCUUCCUGAGAAGUGGGAUGUGUUCAAAGUGAAAGCUCAGCAGUCACCACAACCACUGACAUCAACAGAUGGAGCCACAGAAAAUAACGAAAAGGAGAAAUUAAAUAGAGACAACUCUCAGACCUUGGCUGUGGUCGAAUAGUCUUUUUUGCUUAGGAAGGUUCCUAACUGAGUGAAAUGACCCAGAAGUAUCUAGCAGCCAUGAUAAGAGCUGGUCGAAUUCUCUAAAUUUUAAGGAAAGGUACUUAAAUGCUUCCUUUCUAAUCUCCUUUGGCAUAGGGUACACCAUCCUUUACGAAAGGAAAGGAGAUAAUUCCGUCCCACGAGUCCAAUAUUUAAAGUGACCAAACGACUCAUGAUUCACAAACUCAAAUGAUUCGGAAAGAAAAAGAUCAACAUGACUGAGAAAGG